AUGCUGCCGAUGGACAUGCCGCAGCAGCAGCACCGGUUGGCCAACGGCUUCGCCCCGCCCCUUAGUCGGCAGCUCUCCUAUAGCGCAUUCUCUGUGGACUCGCCCGACAGCGGCGGCCUGGCAGACGGGUGCAAUCACCACGCAGGCCAACACCCACUUACGCCGGGCGCGAUGAGCGGCUUCGGGGGGCAGGACGCCUCGGGCUGGUUCGUUCCGCUCACCAUGAAUGGUCCCGACGCGAACCAGAGCAUGGGCAUGGGGGGAAACGCCGUCGAUCCCUUCAUCAACAUGUUCGGCAUCACGCCCAACCAGCUGGAUGCCCUCCAGUACACUCUAUAG